AUGCAAUAACAAGGUUAAUAAAUAAAUUAGAGUAUUAAUAAGAAUAACAUUUUGAUUAGACUUGAGUAGAUGAAUAAAUAUUAUGAGAAGGAUUAAGAAUUUUAUUUGGUAAAAAAUUGCAAUAUUAGUUUAUUAUAGGUUUCAAGAGAUAUUUUAUUUAACUAAAUUUCCUCGGAGGAAUGUAGAUCUAUUUGA